CCAAAAAGGCAAGCUUUGCACAAAAAUCACAGACAAAAAGUCGAUCAUCACUAGACCCCACAACCCCCUCUCUCCACCUAAACCAAAUAAUAUUUAACUUAGUUUUUUUUUUUUUAUUAUUAUUAGAUAAAUAUUCAUUACUUUACAAUUGGACCCACCCAAUUCUGUAAACUCAACAAUAUCAGAGUUUGUAUAGCAAGACAAAGCACAUUGGUUAUUUGGGUUGUGCCAUAACUUCCCUAUCAAGGCCUCUCUCUCUCUCUUUUCUCAAAGCAUUAUUCUCACUUCUUUAGAGUAAGCCAAAAAACGCUCUCUUUUUCUUUUUCUUCUUCUGCAAAAAUAAUAGUUUUCUCUACCUGGGUGGGUAGUUAUGUUAAGACCCAUUUUGUUGAGUUAAGAGAGAGAUUUAUUUAUGGGUGCUUGUGCAUCAUCAACCCAUAGAAGCUCAGACACAGCCAUGAAGCUUAGACUGUCGUUUGGAUCCAAAAACGACAAGCUUGGAAUCCCACCUUCACCGGUCAAAGAAAAACCAGCUGGUGGGAACUGUAGGAUCAAAGAUGUUGCCUUGAAACCUUGGUCCCCUUCUCCUUCUUCCAAAACUUUUGGGGAUUAUGGUAGUAAAGAUGAAGCCUUUUUUGAUUCUCAGCCUUGGUUAGAAUCUGAUUGUGAAGAUGAUUUUUAUAGUGUCAAUGGUGAUUUCACCCCAUCUCGGGGCAACACACCGGUCCAUAGAGGGUUCACACCAGGCUCGUCGCGAGUUAACAAGACCCCAUUUGAGGACAGAAUGCCUGGCUCGGUAACACCAGCACCUACACCACCAACAGAGAAGAAAAAGAGAUUGCUUGAACUUUUCCAAGAGAGCAUGAAGGAGCGAGAGGAAGAGGCGAGCAACACGGCAAAUGAGACCCCUGUAGUGAAGCCAACCGCGGGUCAUGACACCCCUGCAGCAUCAAAAUCUGGCCAUGAGACGCCUUUUGUCUCCGGGGCUAAUUCUGUGUGUAGUAGCGAAUGGACUCCAAACGGGGAAGGCCUUAUAAUAAGGCAUGAGGAGAAACCAAUGAGGUCUUUACAAUGCUGCCUUCCUAGCUUGAUGUCUUGCCGUAGCUUUAGUGAAAGGAAGAAGAAAAUGAGCCCUGCCAUUGCUGUAAAUGAUAGGCCUUGAUCAUAAUAUUAAUGAUAGUAAUAAUAAUAAUCAAUAUUAUUAUUAUUGUUAUUAUUAGUACAAUGUAGAUUGAAGGAAGAAGCCAGUGUGGGUGGUGGGUGUUAAUUAUGGUUCCCAAAAGAUUUUUAUAAGUUUUGGUUUGGAUACUCAAAACUCUUCACAUAUGCCAAAAAGGAAAAAAAAAAUCAAUGUAAAGUUUUAAAAAGCUCUCUCUCUAUAUAUAUUCUAGUCAUGAAUAAAAUUUUGUGAAUUUCU